CUUUGCGCCCCGCCUCGUCCCCGCCGGUGUCCGGCUGGCUGGCCUUAAAGGGGACGCGGUCAGAGUGGCAGCUCGCGGGGUGGCCCUCGCUCCGGCUCCGCCCAAUUUACAGCACCUCGCCCCUCCCCACGCUUCGUCCCGCAGCCCCGGGGCCGCGCCGCACAGUCGGGCUCCCUGGAUGCAUAGAGGCUUGUGCCAGGCGGGGUGGGAAGACUGGAUUUUGCAGUGGAAGCAGCAUCUCUUCCGUCUGGGACCUGGCUGAGGGCGUCCCCACCCUGGGGGGAGCAGAGGACCAGCCCUGACCUAGCCGGGCCCAGCCCUGUCCUGCCCGGCCUGAGCGCCCCGCCCAGCUACCGGCUCUGCGGCAGGGCCCACCAGGGUCCGGGAGAUGAGAAACCUGAGGCCCAGAAAGUUUGAGUUGCUUGCCCUAAGUCUCAGCACUCGGGGACUGCACCGGGAACUCUUGAGCCCCGCGGUUGUCGGGCUGUGACCUUGCUCCCUGUCCUCCGCAGCGCGGGCGCCAUGGACAAGAUCUUGGAGGCGGUGGUGACGUCGUCAUACCCGGUCAGCGUGAAGCAGGGGCUGGUUCGGCGCGUGCUGGAGGCGGCGCGGCAGCCUCUGGAGCGUGAGCAGUGCCUGGCGCUGCUGGCGCUGGGCGCGCGCCUCUAUGUGGGCGGCGCGGAGGAGCUACCGCGCCGCGUGGGCUGCCAGCUGCUGCACGUGGCCGGCCGCCACCACCCCGACGUCUUCGCAGAGUUCUUCAGCGCGCGCCGCGUGCUGCGCCUGCUGCAGGGUGGCGCCGGCCCCCCGGGCCCCCGCGCUCUCGCCUGCGUGCAGCUGGGUCUGCAGCUGCUGCCCGAGGGGCCCGCGGCCGACGAGGUGUUCGCGCUGCUGCGGCGAGAGGUGCUGCGCACCGUGUGCGAGCGCCCGGGGCCCGCGGCCUGCGCGCAGGUGGCACGGCUGCUGGCGCGCCACCCGCGCUGUGUGCCCGACGGCCCCCACCGCCUACUCUUCUGUCAGCAACUGGUGCGUUGCCUCGGCCGCUUCCGCUGCCCAGCCGAGGGCGAGGAGGGCGCCGUGGAGUUCCUGGAGCAGGCCCAGCAGGUGAGCGGGCUCCUGGCGCAGCUGUGGCGCGCACAGCCCGCCGCCAUCCUUCCCUGCCUCAAAGAGCUGUUCGCAGUCAUUUCCUGCACAGAGGAGGAGCCACCAUCUAGCGCCUUGGCCAGCGUGGUCCAGCACCUCCCAUUGGAGCUCAUGGAUGGUGUUGUACGGAACCUCAGCAAUGAUGACAGUGUGACGGACUCGCAGAUGCUGACUGCCAUCAGCAGGAUGAUUGACUGGGUGUCCUGGCCCCUGGGGAAGAACAUUGACAAGUGGAUCAUUGCACUACUGAAGGGCCUGGCUGCUGUUAAGAAGUUCAGCAUCUUGAUCGAGGUUUCGCUCACCAAAAUUGAGAAGGUUUUCUCUAAGCUGCUGUACCCCAUCGUCCGGGGAGCUGCCCUGUCUGUGCUCAAGUACAUGCUCCUGACCUUCCAGCACUCCCACGAAGCCUUCCACCUGCUCCUCCCUCACAUCCCCCGCAUGGUGGCCUCUCUGGUCAAGGAGGACUCGAACUCGGGGACCAGCUGCCUGGAGCAGCUGUCAGAGCUGGUCCACUGCAUGGUGUUCCGGUUCCCGGGCUUCCCCGAUCUGUAUGAGCCUGUCAUGGAGGCCAUCAAGGACCUCCACGUUCCCAAUGAGGACCGCAUCAAGCAGCUGCUAGGGCAGGAUGCCUGGACUUCGCAGAAGAGCGAGCUGGCAGGUUUCUAUCCCCGGCUCAUGGCCAAGUCAGACACGGGCAAGAUUGGUCUCAUCAACCUGGGCAACACGUGCUACGUCAACAGCAUCCUUCAGGCCUUGUUCAUGGCAUCUGACUUCAGACACUGUGUGCUCCGCUUGACUGAGAACAACUCACAGCCGCUGAUGACCAAGCUGCAGUGGCUCUUUGGCUUCCUAGAGCACAGCCAGCGGCCUGCCAUUUCCCCAGAGAACUUCCUUUCUGCAUCCUGGACGCCCUGGUUCAGCCCUGGCACCCAGCAGGACUGCUCAGAGUAUCUGAAGUACCUGCUGGAUCGGCUGCACGAAGAGGAGAAAACAGGCACAAGGAUCUGCCAGAAACUCAAGCAGUCCAGCUCGCCCUCCCUGCCCGAGGAGCCGCUGGCCCCAAGUUCAACCUCUGUGGAGAAAAUGUUUGGAGGCAAGAUAGUGACUCGAAUCUGCUGUCUCUGCUGCCUCAACGUCUCCUCCCGGGAGGAGGCCUUCACGGACCUCUCUCUUGCCUUUCCUCCUCCUGAGCGCUGUCGCCGCCGCCGCCUGGGCUCUGUGAUGCGCCCUACAGGAGACAUCACAGCCCAGGAGUUGCUCCCAACAGCCAGUGCACAGGGGCCAGGCAGGGUGGGUCCUCGGAGGCAAAGGAAACACUGCAUCACAGGGGACACCCCCCCCACCAGCCUGGACAUUGAAGGCCUGGACUCCAAGGAAGCUGGUGGGCAGAGCAGUCAGGAGGGAAAGGUAGAGAGGGAUGAAGAAGGGAAGGAGGAGGGAACGGAGAAGGAAGAAGCGGGGGAGGAGGAGGAAAGCACCAGAGGGGAGGAAGAGAGGGAGAAAGAGGACGAGGUAGAAGAGAAGGUGGAGAAGGAGACAGAAAAGGAGGCUGAGCAGGAAAAGGAAGAAGACAGCCUGGGAGCGGGGAGCCACCCGGAUGCUGCCAUCCCCUCCGGGGAGCAGAUGUGUGGCUCUGAGGGCUCCCGCUCUGUCCUGGACCUGGUCAACUACUUCCUGUCCCCCGAGAAGCUGACAGCAGAAAACCGCUACUACUGCGAGUCGUGUGCCUCCUUGCAGGAUGCCGAGAAGGUGGUGGAGCUGAGCCAAGGGCCGCGGUACCUCAUCCUCACACUGCUGCGCUUCUCCUUUGACCUGCGCACCAUGCGGCGCCGCAAGAUCCUGGAUGACGUCUCCAUCCCCCUGCUGCUCCGCCUACCGCUGGCUGGUGGCCGGGGCCAGGCCUAUGACCUCUGCAGCGUUGUGGUACACUCUGGAGUGUCUUCCGAGAGUGGUCACUACUACUGCUAUGCUCGCGAGGGCGCUGCCCGCCCUGCCCCUUCUCUGGGAACUGCUGAUAGGCCAGAGCCCGAGAACCAGUGGUACCUGUUCAAUGACACUCGGGUGUCCUUCUCUUCCUUCGAAUCUGUCAGCAACGUCACCUCCUUCUUCCCCAAGGACACAGCCUAUGUGCUCUUUUACCGGCAGCGGCCCAGGGAAGGGCCCGAGGCUGAGUCGGGCUCUUCUAGAGUCCGAACAGAGCCCACCCUGCACAAGGACUUGAUGGAAGCCAUUUCCAAAGACAACAUCCUUUACCUACAGGAGCAGGAGAAGGAGGCCCGGAGCAGGGCGGCCUACAUCUCUGCACUCCCCACAUCUCCGCACUGGGGGAGGGGCUUUGAUGAAGACAAGGAUGAGGAUGAAGGCUCUCCGGGGGGCUGCAAUCCUGCAGGGGGUAAUGGUGGUGACUUCCACAGACUGGUCUUCUGAUGUGAACCUGCUGCCAACCUAACCCCUUCCCUCCAGGAGCCAGGUGAGGCCUGAAGGAGGCUGUGGAGGCAGGCUCAGUCCUGUAGUAGGCCUGAUGGUACAGCUCAUGGCACCUUAGUCCUCAGCCUGAUGAAGGGUACACAGAGACCCUCAGAUAUGGAAGUGAGACUUAAGUCCCUCUCACAGGGGUUAAAUCCCAUUAAGAUUUUACACCCAAGUGUCCUGGUUAACUUGAAGCAGCUGAGAUGGGCACACAUGGGUCUUUGCCUCCCCCUCCCUCCCCAGCAGGUUCCCCAUGCUGGAAGAGCUGAUGUUCAGGAAACAGGGCUGGACCUCAGCUCUAAUAUGUUUUGACAUCAAGUACUAUUUUCCUUCUGACUGCUCUACAGUAAAGCACAGCAGGAUCCAAGCCUUGCACAAAGAAGGGGGCAGUGUUACCUCUGGCUGUCCUCUUGUUUCUCAUAUGGGGAUACCUGCACUGUCUGUACCUUUCUGAGAAGGGGAAGCAGCAGGGCCCUGGAUCAGAGACCGAGAACUGCCCCCUUACCAAGCACCACUGCAUGGUGGUGGGCUAGUUCCUCAUAGCAGGAGGCCUUUGCCCCCACAUCCCCUCCGCCCCAGCCUGCCUCAGUGCCUGAGAAGCCACCACUUGCAUCCCCCUUCUGGUUAAGGUAGAGUCCUUAUUUUACUGCAGAGGUGUUCAUGUUCCUUGUGAAGUGUGGUCUCUUCUGAGGAAGCUAGUGGGCUCCUCUGAUCAGUUGGCCUUUGUAGCUGUGAGAGCAGCCACCUGCAGGUUGGGUGAAGUGCCCUGACACUGCUGUAGCCCCUUCUAACCGAAGAGAAGACACCCAUGUUCUUAAAUAAAUAAAACUAGGUUCUCUGAA